GAGACUCUUAUAGAGGCAGAGUAGCAGCAUAGUGCACUGCACACUUAGUUUUUUCACAUGCCACGCUGGACAAGCGCACCAUCACAAGCCAUAUAGCUGCAGUGAAUGUUGGUGCAGCGUUGGGCAAGCAUGGUAAAAGUGUCUAAUUCCUGUAUCAUCGAUGCAUCAUCGUUAUAAAGUGUUUAUUAAAUCAUAAACUGUUGACAUCGAAAGUCAAAGGAACAAGCUUUAGAUACGACGCGUCUUAAAACGCUAAAAUAAACUUACUUGUGCUGAACUGAUACCCAACCCUUUUUAGGUUAAUCAUUCCAGUUUUCAGUUUUUUACCGGUGUAAUGGGUUUUAGUUGCUUGUAAAGUGUUCAUUUGUGUUACCGACAAAAGCUUCUUGCUUCAUAAGAAUAACUCAGCUUAUUUAGUUGAUAAAUACAGCGGAAAAUUACAUUUCCACAUUUUGUUUACUAAUAAAUUCGUUUGCGAAAACAUUCAAAAAUGCAGUUCGACCAAACAGUUAUGAGUCUUCCGAACAUGUCGGUACCACCGCCGACGGUGUUGAGUGCACCACCUCCGACUCCCGUUAAUAUUCCACCUCCUGCUUUACCCCAGAUUCCUGGAACAGCAUCUAACUAUGUGCGUCAUCCAGGUAAAGGGUUUUUUAAGUCUUUUAAACCAUAUCAUGCACCAAAGAUCGCUAGCAGUCAAGAUGUUGUGCAAGAUGAAUUUGAUGGUAAAAGGCUACGCAAAUCAGUCAUGAGAAAAACUGUAGAUUAUAACUCAGGAAUAAUCAAAGCCCUUGAGAAUCGUGUUUGGCAACGUGAUUAUCGUGACAGGCAAGCUUUACAGCCAGAUGUAAUUUAUACACCUGACUUACUUCCUCCACCAAGCUAUAUGGAUAAUCCUAUUAACUGCGUUACAACGAAAUUUGUCAAGACAGCUACAAAUAAAAUGAGGUGUCCAAUUUUUUCAAUGGCUUGGACUCCAGAAGGGAGACGUCUUGUGACUGGUGCAUCAAGUGGAGAAUUUACAUUAUGGAAUGGCUUAACCUAUAAUUUUGAAACUAUAUUGCAAGCUCACGAUAGUCCUGUUAGGACAAUGGUAUGGUCUCACAGCGAAAGUUGGAUGGUAACUGGCGAUCAUGCUGGAUUUGUCAAGUAUUGGCAAAGUAAUAUGAACAAUGUAAAAAUGUUCCAAGCACAUAAAGAAGCUAUACGUGGAUUGAGUUUUAGUCCAUCAGAUAGUAAACUAGCAACAUGUAGUGAUGAUGGUACUGUAAGAAUUUGGGACUUUCUACGCUGUCAAGAAGAACGUAUAUUACGUGGACACGGUGCCGAUGUAAAGUGCGUAGAUUGGCAUCCACAAAAAUCCUUAGUGGUUUCAGGAAGUAAAGAUAAUCAACAACCAGUCAAAUUAUGGGAUCCAAAAACAAGUAAAUCAUUGGCUACUCUUCAUGCACAUAAAUCAACUGUUAUGGAUAUUAAAUGGAAUGAAAAUGGGAAUUGGUUCAUAACAGCUUCUCGAGAUCAUCUUUUGAAACUAUUUGAUAUAAGAAAUCUUAGUUCAGAAAUUCAAACAUUUCGAGGACAUAAAAAAGAAGUUUCUUGUGUGGCUUGGCAUCCUUAUCAUGAAGGUUUAUUUUGUAGUGGUGGAAGUGAUGGAGAUAUUCUCUUUUGGCAUGUUGGAACUGAUAAGGAAGUUGGUGCUAUUGAACAAGCUCAUGAUAGUAUUGUAUGGACAUUAGCUUGGCAUCCACUUGGACAUAUUCUUUGCUCUGGCAGUAAUGAUCAUACAUCAAAAUUUUGGACACGCAAUAGACCUGGAGAUACAAUGCGAGAUAAAUAUAAUCUCAACAUACUUCCUGCAGGUGCAGAAGGAGUAGAUGACCAAGAAACAGCUGAUAAAAACUUGAUCAUACCAGGAAUGGGUCCUGAAGAUAGAAUUGUUAUUGAAGAAGAUGUUGAAAAAGAUAAAGAAAACAUACCUGGCCUUGAUCUUGAAAAUGUUACUGAUGACAGUAAAAAGAAUGUUACCAAAAAAGUUCCUUAUAGUAAGCCUAUACCUCGAAACUUCCAAGCGCAAUGGAAUGAAGCUGAAGCAGAUGAUGUUGAACAAGCAGAAGCUUUAAAUACAAUUGUUAAUCAAAUUAUUGAAACAACACCUGGUGCUGUUCCUCUGAACGAAGUGACUCCAAAUGCUAUAAUAUUGUAUGGAAAAAUGAUUCCUGUGGAAGCAGGAUCGAAACUUGCUGAAGCUAUUACUCAAGGUACUGAAGCCAUUAAUAAACUUGUUUUGUCUGGAGAAAUAGAAGAACUUCGGAAUGUAGUGAAUGUUGAACAAGAUAUUGAAGAAAGUGAAGAUUAUUUACGAGAUGAAGGUGAUGUAGAUUAUUCUAAGGUUCCCGAUGUAGAACUUCCUCCUCCGUUGGCAAGUUCAAAGUUUGCUCAAAAUCCUGAACUGCUUAAUGCUUUAAACAGAGGAGGUAAACGAAAAUUUGAGCAAUUGAUUAGUGCACAAGAUAGUAAUUCAAAUGACAAGUCUAGCAUGAGUCAAUCAGGUUUUAACCGUAUUGAGGAUGCUAGGAUAAAUGAUGUGGCUCCAAGUUAUUUUACUACAGAAUCUUCAGUUAAAUCUCACUUUGAUGAUCAAAAUAAACAAUAUUCUGGCCCUGAUAGUAUGCCAGGAUAUAGUAAUUUCAGUGCUUCUUCCUCAAGCUUCAAUAACAGUCUAAAUAAUCCCUUGAACCAAAAAUAUCUUGGUAGCAAUAAAAUAAAAACAGAGAACAACAUGCAUGAAUCUUUUGAUUAUAAGCACAUGCCACCACGAGGCCCUAACUCAUUUUUCAAUAGUAAUUCAGAUGAAAUUAAUUCACACAAUAUGCCAAGAGGUAAUUGGUCAUCAUUUCCACCUCCACCUCCAAAUAUGCCAAUGGGUAUACCACCACAGAACCAAAAUCAAAUGAGAUACCCUCCACACAACAACUUUCAAAAUAAUCCUAAUAUGCGUCACAUGGGAAAUAAUUCAAAUCAUCAAUCUCAUGGAAACUUUUCUUCUCCUCCACCACCCUUUUUUAGGGGCCAAAACCGUAAUGAAAAUAAUUAUAAUCGACUACCUAAUUUCGGAAACCAAAAUCAAAAUCAAAAUUCAUUCAAUAGAAAUGAAUUUAAAAGAGUCAGAAUUACUGCCAUGUAA